AUCUUUUCCUUAUCUUUGUCUUUAUAUUAAUCGAGUCGAAUGUUUGAUAUUCUGGACUCACCAUCAAGUGACAACUAUAUACAUAUUAAUUCAUGGAUCUUGCAUAUAAUCAUCAUUGAUAAUAUUUGAAUGUAGUGCAUACUUGUGUUGUGCAUAAUUAAAGAUCACAUUUUUCUUGCUUCCAGAUUCUAUUAAGUUUAUUUUUAAUAUACAUAUAUAUGGUAUAUGUAUAAUUCGUUUGUUAUUUAUAUUUAUAGAUUGUUAAAUAUAAUUUAAAGAAAACAUAAAAAAUGCACAAAGUUAAUGCAAAGUUUUUGUUUAAAAAAAAUGUCUGCAAGUCACGAGCAUACAGCACAAAAAUGCUAAACGAUGUUGUAAUCGUUGGUGCUGCAAGAACGCCAAUUGGAAGUUUCCUUGGAUCUCUCUCCUCCUUCUCAGCUACUCAACUUGGAGCUAUAGCAAUUCAAAAUGUGAUGCAGAGAUAUGGUAUUGCGCCAGAAAAAAUUGAGGAAGUUUUUAUGGGACAGGUUUGUCAAGCUUCUGUUGGACAAGCUCCAGCAAGACAAGCUGCACUGUUUUCAGGUCUUUCUAAGUCAACAAUUUGCACUACUAUAAAUAAAGUUUGUGCAAGUGGAAUGAAAAGUGUAAUGCUUGGCGCACAGACUUUACAAUGUGGUCACAGAAAUUUGAUAAUCGCUGGUGGCAUGGAAUCUAUGUCUAAUGUGCCAUUUUACAUGAGAAGAGGUAAAACCACGUAUGGUGGAAUGAUGUUAGAAGAUGGGAUAGUAUGUGAUGGUUUAACUGAUGUUUACAAUAAAUUUCACAUGGGUAAUUGUGCAGAGAAUACAGCUAAAAAACUAAAUAUUUCACGUAAUGAUCAAGAUGAAUAUGCUUUAAGUAGUUAUAAGAGAAGUGCAAUUGCUUAUGAAAAUAAAGUUUUUGAAAAAGAACUAAUUGAUGUAAAAAUCCCACAAAGAAAAGGACAACCUGAUAUCAUUUUUAAAGAAGAUGAAGAAUAUAAGAAAAUAAAUGUGGCUAAAUUUCGUCAGUUAUCAACUGUUUUUCAGAAAGAAAAUGGCACAGUGACAGCUGGUAAUGCUUCAACUUUAAACGAUGGAGCUGCAGCUAUAGCUUUGUGCACUAUGGAUUACGCCAAUCAGGAAAAACUUGAGCCACUUGCAAGAAUAGUUGCUUUUGAAGAUUCUGCAACUGAUCCAAUUGACUUUCCAGUAGCUCCUGCUUUGGGAAUUCCCAAGCUUUUAGAAAAGGCGGGUAUUAAUAAAUCUGAUGUUGCUCUUUGGGAAAUUAAUGAGGCGUUUAGUGUAGUUGUUAUUGCGAAUCAAAAACUUUUAGAUAUUGAUUCUAAUAAAGUAAAUGUUCAUGGUGGAGCUGUAUCUAUUGGACAUCCAAUUGGCAUGUCUGGAGCUCGACUUAUUGUACAUUUGGUUCAUGCAUUAAAAAAAGGUGAGAAAGGUGUUGCUUCAAUUUGUAACGGUGGAGGAGGGGCGUCUUCGAUUUUAAUUGAGAAAAUCUAAAUCAUGUGGAUCUUUCAUCUCAAUAAUUAAAAUUUAUACGUUUAUACAUAUUUUUAUACAUAUGUUUUUACAUAUAUAGUAUAUCAAAAAGGUGAUUAUAAUGCAUUUAAAAGCUAUGAUGGGUUACUCACAUAUUUAAUCAUUUGAUUUCUUUUUAUUUUAAAUUCAACCGUUUUUAACUGUAUUUUGUAAAUUUUACGAACGAAGAAAUUAUAAGCAUUAUAGAUUAUUUUUAUAAAAAUUUUUAAAAUAAUAAAUGUAUUUUCAAUAAAAAUACCACUGUUUUCAAUUUUACAUUAAAAAUAUGUAUAAUUAUGUUAAUUUCACUAUUGCUUCUGGGUGAACUGUGGUCUCCAAUUUUCACCUAAUAUUACAGUAGGUAAAUACUUAAAGAAAACACAAUAUUAAACUUAGUGUCUUGAAAAAACCGGUUUUUAUUUACGAAGAUUUUUAUUUUAAGAAGUAAUUUGUAAAUACUCCACUAAAAGUUUACAACUGAAUCCUAGAAUAACUACUCUACGCACGCACAGGCUACAAUUGUAAAAAGGAUAACAGUCAUUAAACCCUCUAAAUGAGUUUAUUACUGGUCGCCCAAACUAUGGUUCUGUUCAUUUCAAGUACCUGGGACAAACUCACUUGUAAAAAAAGGCAUAAUUCGGUUUUUCCAAAAAUCUGUGACGUCAAGCCAAGGUCUGUCUACGAGCCUCCCUUUUUCUAAAUUUCAACCAAUAAUUACACUUUUUAACCCCCACUAGUUAAAUAAAACCUCCUGAACUUGUAUCACGAAAGAAACAGGUAUGAAAUGUAAAAUCAGACAGUCGCGUGUCUAGAUCAUAACGCGCUAAUUCAGUCAAUACAAUUCAAAUCAUAUUAUUACUCACGUGGAAUCUUAAAUUGCUCUUUUCUUUACUUUAAAAUUAUGUUUUUGUAUAAGGUGUUGAACUCAUUUAAAAUAUAUGUAUUAAAUGUAUCUUACAAUUA